AUGUCUGAGAGCGGGGACCGGAUGUUCUGCCAUGCCUGUGGUGGAGUCUGGUUACGAGAUGAGAGCGGACUGACGUGCCCGCACUGCGAAUCCGACUUCACAGAGAUCAUUGAAAUACCUCCUGAAGAAAUCUCCGAUGAUCCGCCAGAGCUAGAACCCAUCGACCGCACAUCGCCACGCCAUUUUAACCCACUAGACCCUCUAGCCGACCAUAACCCAUGGGCACGGCCAGAGAGCCCGGACCGGCGAGAGUACGGUGACAACUUCUUCGCCGGUGGUGGAUCCCCCUCAUACUCCCGUCGCUUAUAUCGAUCACCCGAUGGUCGGUUCACCUUUAGCAGCACCACCAUUGGCGGCGGAUCUUCGCCACACCAGGGAGGCGAGCAACCCAAUCCUCUGGUUCCGAUGAUGGUGCGGAGCUUGGAUAUGAUCUUCCAGGGUCUCGCAGAGACCUAUAACCACCAGGGACAACAAGGUGUGUCCGAGGAGUCAUUCCAGACGGAUUCGCCAGGUUGGGGAGAGUCUCAUUCUCCCCGCGCAAGUGCCUCGCCUGGUGCAGAAGGCUUGUUCCCGCGCAAUGCAAAUGGUCCACAGCCUAUGGUCCCGCCAGUGGGGAGUCUGGCCGAGUUGCUGGACGCUUUCCGGACAGACUUCGGGACCACAAGGAGAGGCGGCAUCGCCGGUCCUCACGUCAUGACUGGCCCGAACCCUCUUGCGAUCCUCUCGGCAUUAUUCAACGCAGACCACAAUGGAGACGCGGUUUAUUCCCAAGAAGAGCUGGACCGGGUGAUUUCACAGCUAAUCGACCAGAAUGUCAAUGGUACGGCACCGCCACCGGCAUCAGAACAGGCAAUCCACAAUCUGCCAAAGAAGAAGGUAGAUCAACAGAUGAUGGGGACGGAUGGCAAAGCCGAGUGCUCGAUUUGCAUGGAGCCUGUGGACCUCGGCACAGAAGUCACCGUGUUGCCCUGCACGCAUUGGUUUCAUUUCCCCUGCAUCGAGGCAUGGUUGAGCCAGCAUAAUACCUGUCCGCACUGCCGGCGGGGCAUCGAUUCUGCUGGAGGAACCGGCGCGGGCACUAGCGAAAACCCGGUUGUCAUUCCAGAUAGUCCAGAACAAGUGGCCCCCCAGCGGCGGCGCAGCUCUGUCUUGACUGUCCGCAGUGGCCGUUCUUCUAGGUCUGCAGAAGCCAGGGAGCCUGCCUCUCGACGGACCAGCCGAAGCGAUAACAGCCAAGGUGGAGGUGGUGGAGGUAUCUCGGGCUGGGUCUGGAGCCGGUUUGGUGGAAGCAGCUAA